UGUUCCGGUGCCGGUGCCAAUCUCGGUCAAAUGAAAAUUUCAUCAUACUCAUAUAAAACAACACAGCGUUGUCGUGGCUGUUAUAUACUGUCAGAUUUGUAAACACUAAUACUCUGAGGAAGAAAUCAGGAUGGUGGUUGCUGUACCGGAGAACAUCAACUUCCCAAAGGCUGAAGAGGAAAUUCUAAAACUCUGGGAGAAGCUAGAUGUGUUUGCCACGUGCUUGAAACAGUCUAAACAUAAACCGAGGUUUUCGUUUUAUGAUGGCCCGCCAUUUGCCACGGGGCUGCCUCAUUACGGACACAUUCUGGCAGGAACUAUCAAGGAUAUAGUCACCCGUCAUGCCCAUCAGUCAGGAUUUCAUGUGGAACGACGAUUUGGAUGGGACACCCAUGGAUUACCUGUGGAAUAUGAGAUUGACAAGACUCUAGGUAUUAAGGGACCACAGGAUGUGGCUGCAAUGGGGAUAGACAAAUACAAUGCUGAGUGCCGAAAGAUUGUGAUGCGAUACUCAGAUGACUGGGAGACCAUCGUGACCCGACUCGGCCGGUGGAUCGACUUCAAGAACGACUACAAGACGCUCUAUCCUUGGUUCAUGGAGAGCAUCUGGUGGAUAUUCAAGCAGUUGUUUGACAAGGGACUCGUUUAUAGAGGCUUUAAGGUAAUGCCGUUCUCAACAGCCUGCAACACUCCUCUGUCAAACUUUGAAUCUGGGCAGAAUUACAAGGAAGUUGUAGAUCCUGCAGUGAUGGUGAGUUUUCCGCUUGAGGAAGAUCCGUCCGUGUCGAUGAUUGCGUGGACCACAACGCCGUGGACUCUGCCCAGCAAUCUGUCACUCUGUGUGCAUCCCUCGCUGGAGUACGUCAAGGUCAGAGACAAUAACACCAACAAUGUCUAUAUCAUGAUGGAGGCAAGACUUGAUGCCCUCUUCAAGAAACCAGAGGAGUACACCGUGAUAGAUAAGUUUCUCGGUGGAACGCUCAAGGGCACGGUCUACCAGCCGCUGUUUCCCUACUUUGCGCACAUGCGGCAGCAGACUGGCGCGUUCAGGGUGCUGUGUGACGAGUAUGUGACGGCGGAGAGCGGCACCGGACUCGUCCACCAGGCUCCCUACUUUGGCGAGGACGAUUACAGAGUUGGCCUGGCCAACGGCAUCAUUACGAAGGACAUGAAGCUCAUCUGUCCAGUUGACGACAGUGGCAAUUUCACCGACGAGGUCACAGACUUCAAGGGCAUGUACGUGAAGGAUGCAGACAAGCAUAUUAUCAAAUGGUUGAAGCAGCAUAAUCGAUUAGUUCAUCAGAGCACAACGAAACACAGUUAUCCAUUCUGCUGGAGGUCGGAGACCCCACUCAUCUACAAGGCAGUGCCGAGCUGGUUCAUUCGCGUUGAGCACAUGACGGACAAGCUGCUCGCAAACAACCAGCAAACGUACUGGGUUCCCGACUUUGUGAAGGAGAAGCGCUUUGCGAACUGGCUGCGCGGCGCGCGCGACUGGGCGGUGUCACGCAAUCGCUACUGGGGCACGCCGCUGCCGCUGUGGGCGAGCGACGACGGGGAGGAGGUCGUCUGCAUCGGAUCCAUCGCCGAGCUCGAGCAGCUGACCGGGGUCAAGGUCACUGACCUCCACCGCGAGACCGUGGAUGGGCUGACGAUUCCGUCGCGCUGUGGGAAGGGAGAGCUGCGACGUGUGUCGGAGGUGUUCGACUGCUGGUUCGAGAGCGGAGGCAUGCCGUACGCGCAGGCGCAUUACCCGUUCGAGAACAAGAAGGAAUUCGAGGACAGCUUCCCGGCCGAUUUCAUCGCCGAGGGUAUCGACCAGACGCGCGGUUGGUUCUACACGUUGCUGGUCAUCUCAACAGCUCUGUUCGAUCGGCCACCCUUCAAAAAUCUCAUCGUGAACGGUCUGGUGCUUGCGUCCGACGGCCAGAAGAUGAGCAAGCGCAAGAAGAAUUACCCGGAUCCGCUGACGGUCGUGUCGUUGCACGGCGCCGACGCGCUGCGGCUCUACCUUAUCGCGUCGCCGGUCGUGCGCGCCGAGAAUCUGCGCUUCAAGCAGGAGGGCGUGCGCGACGUGCUCAAGGACGUCUUCCUGCCGUGGUACAACGCCUACCGCUUCCUCGUGCAGAACGUCAUACGAUCACAGAAGGAGGAUGGCAGACAGUUUGUCUACAGCCCGACGGAGGUCGAGGUGUCGUACAACAGCAUGGAUAAGUGGAUCCUCUCCUUCACACAGAGCCUCAUUCUUUUCGUCAAGCAAGAGAUGUCAGCGUAUCGGUUGUACACCGUGGUGCCGAGACUCAUCAAGUUUGUCGACAACCUCACCAACUGGUAUGUCCGAUCGAACCGGCGACGCUUUAAGGGCGAGACGGGGAUCGAGGACUGUCACAAGGCGCUGGAGACUCUGUUCAGCGUGCUCUUCGACAUGUGCGUCGUCAUGGCUCCGUUCACGCCGUUUCUCACGGAGCACAUCUAUCAGAACCUGCGCUCGCUACUGGACCAUGAGGCAAUGAAGGAGCAGGACCUGGGCAGCGUGCACUACAUCAUGCAGCCACAGGCGAGGGAGCAGCUCAUCGACGCGACGAUCGAGCGUAAGGUGUCGCGCAUGCAGGCGGUUGUUGAGCUGGGCCGCGUCGUGCGCGACCGCCGCACGCUGCCCACCAAGUACCCGCUGCCGGAGCUCGUCGUCGUGCACGCAGAACAGCAGUGCCUCGACGACAUCACCCAGCUAGAGUCGUACGUGCUCGAGGAGUUGAACGUGAGAUCUCUAACAACGAGCACGGACAAGGAUAAGUAUGGCGUGCAUCUGCAUGCUGAGCCGGACCACAAAGUGCUAGGUGCCCGACUGAAGGGCGACUUCAAACCUGUCAUGGCUGCGAUUCAGGCUCUAACUGAUGCACAGAUAGAGGAGUUGAUGCGGGUUGGCGAGGUCACGCUGCUCGGCCACACCCUCGGACCCGACGACGUGCGCGUCACGUACGCGUUUGAAGGUGGCGCCAGCGGUGGCGGCGGGCGCUACGAGGCGCACUCGGAUGGAGACGUUCUUGUGUUGCUGGACGUGACGCCGAGCGAGGAGAUGCUACACGAGGGCGUGGCGCGCGAGGUCGUUAAUCGCAUGCAGAAGCUGCGCAAGAAGGCAAAGUUGCUAGCCAUCGAUCCCAUAACUGUUCAUUACGAUAUCACGCCGAAGACAGCCGAACUGCAGGCCAUUGUGGCCAAGCACACUGAGUACAUAGAGGCAGCAAUCAAGCAACCACUGAAGCCCUACCCAGUGCCCUCGUCAGCUGAUGUCAUUAUCCAGGAGCAGACAGACAUCAAGGGAGCCAAGUUAAACAUAACCAUCAUCCAACGAUCAGAGGGAGAGUCUCCUGCGUCACGUUACGUCAAUCUGACGCUUUGCUCCGUCCACCCGCAAGGGGGCGCCACGAGCAGCCGGGCCGUGUUGUUGUUAGAGAAUCCUCAUGGGGACGUGAUUUCCUCGGCCGACGAUCUGCUGGAACAGGUGAAUGUGGUUUUUGGUCUGAAUGGAGUGCGACCAAAACUGUACAAGUCACCCAAGCUGACCGACGAGGUUUCACCCUGUGCGACAGAACUCCUCGCACUAAACGGUUCCACUCUGUACAUUGGCAUAACAGGCCAACCUACCGUUGUGCAACAGGGCACGGUGGAGGCAGGACCGCACUGUAGUUACGUCAAUGUGGAGUUGGUUGACUCUGCGCCACGGAAUGGUGCGAAGGGCAAUGUCGGCACCGUGCUGCUUGAAAAUCCUGCUGGAGGUGGUGCCAUCUCUGGGACGCAGCUGAGCAGUGAGGUUCAGGCGUUGUUCGGGCAGCGGACGAAGAAGCUGCGGCUGUACACGUGCCGCGAGCAACGUGACGAGGUCACCGGCGCCACCUGUGUCGCCACGCUGCAAGGCAAGCGAGCGUUUGCGUUCACGCACUAGCGCAGCGUCGCUCGUGCCAAGCUAGGCAAAUACACACUCAGAGCUCUUAGUAGAGAGCUCUAGAAAAACAGACAGCUGUCUGUUAAGGAAACUUGGCAAUAAAGGUGUAGCAAUUACACAGUGAAACCAUCUGUCCAUCUGUCCAUAAAAUCCACUUUCGGCAUUUCCCUCAAGUGGCCUUUAUGUACAGAUUUGGCUCUAUGGUAACGUGAAUUGGCUGUGGGAUUGGGCGCAGUGAAAUGCGUGCAUCCGGGUUACAUAUCGUUGGCAAGUGUUUGAAUGACGUGAUGCGUUAAUGUUUUCGCUUAAUUUGUGUGAUUAAUGAGCGAGAUGGAAGCUGAGCUUAGAAAGGGAUGGGUAAUGAGCAGUGUGGGUACAGCGAUUGGUCUGAAAUGCUGUUAAAAACUAACGCAAAUUGCGUGUUUCUAACAAUAAGGGCGAUGAUAAACAAGACCGUAUCAUGCAAAAGAGAAAGCGAUUGUGUCUGUGCGUGCAUGUAUCGUCUCAUCUCCUAAAUGUUUUGGAAUUAUACAGCGUAUUGAAAACCUGUUGACAUGAAAAAUGUCCUGCAUAUUUGCUGCUUUAUGGUAAACUCAUUUAUCACUGUCACUGUCUUUCAACUGUCUGUCUUUCACAUCGAAAUCAUUUGCUUCUAUAUAUAAUUGGAAUAAAAAGGGAAUAAAAAAAUCAAAUUGUCAUUUAAAACUUUUUCGUAAUUUCUUUAUUUCUGUUGGGCUUCAUUCCUCUAGUUGAGCUAAUCUGUACAAUGUGGUCCAUGGAAACUCGGUUCAAAACAAAUUUAUACUAGUCUUUUUGAUUCAAUAAAUGGAAUGGUUUUAUUCAAACA